AUGCACGUCGACGAAAUAUCCUUCCUCUUGUUGCUGUUCGUCGCUUUGGCUGCUCGAUUGGCAUCAGCUGCGUCGGUCAUCUCCACAGUCACCACGUCAACCACCACAAAAUCCACUGUGCUUUAUCCAAGCUUGGUCGAGUGCGUAUGCAACACAACACUAGCGUCAGCGGCUGUGGUGAAAACCUCGACGGGUUCUUCCACUCAGACACAAAAGUACGUCCUGCCGAGCUGCUUGGAAGACGUGUUUGCUGAGACUGGAAUCCGCUGGUACUUGAACGGUCCGCUGUUGCCUGGAGUCACGUACUGGCGUGAUGGUCCACCUAAAGAUUAUUCCGCGGGUCGAGCUGCACAGCGACUUGUCCGACUUGGCUAUCGCUGCUCUCGCGUCCAGCUAUACGACUCCUCUGACCCCUACUAUUGA